AUGAACUGGAUGACUCCCCACGAAGCGUCCCUGCAGAAGCUUCCGGCUGAAGCUGAUGCUGAAGCGGAGACCAGCGUCCUCGAUAGGAAGCGCCCAAUUCCUCGAUUUCCUGAUAGCUUUUCUGCCAACCUGGGCCGCAAAGUUUCCUCGCCCUCCUCUCCCCAGGAAAUCUCUGCAUCUGCAACUCAUCGCACCCUUCCCUCUCCUCUCCCAGAGAGCCAGAGUGUCAUCAAUCGCAAGCGAGACGUUGUCGCUGGCAUAGCACCUCCGCUUCCUACAACUCCUCUGCCCACCUCACGCAAUCGACAAGUUUCUGCUGCCUCCUCAGUCAAGGCCAUGGUAGCGAAGUUUGAGGGCGGUGGCUGCGACGACGCUCCUGACAAAUUCGACACAAUGGCAGAUUCGAUGAACGACGCGCCAUCCUCGCCCAUCGACAGCAUCAAGACAAAGGCAUCUGUCGAUGAUUCAAUCAAUACGGUCAGCUCUACGCUUGCUCCUAGCUCAACCUCUCGCGCAGGCGUUCCCAAGACCCAGACCAUCGAAGAGGGUGAAUUGGAGCUGCUCAAGAUGCAGGAGUUCUACAAAACCGAGCCUCUCCCUCGUUGCUUGGAUAACUAUGUCCCUCCUAAGCGAAGCAAGGAGAAGGUGAAGGUUCUUCCUACUGAACAGGAUGAAGGUGCUUCAAUGCUGAAGGCGGCUAAGCUCGAGCUGCAUAACACGCUCGCCAAGUCUCACGAGGCCUACGAGGAGCGCCACCCAUCCGCCAAGGAGGAACGUCUGCAGCGUGAGGCAGCUGAGGCAUUCAAGAAGCGAGAGCCGUCCAAGAACAAUGUCUCGAGCAGCACACCAUCUGAGGCUAGCACCAAGUCCUCUCGUCGCGCCAAAAAGAAGGCUCUGCAGAAGGCCCAGAAGAAGGCAGAGAAGGUGGCAAAGCGCGAGGGCAUCGAUCCCAUCGACCCGAAGCCUUCGUCUUCGACUACCACGCAGCCUCCCCAAAAAGAAUGGACGCUGCGAGGCCAGUAUCCCGAGACGUUCGCCAAGAUCGACUAUUGGCGGUCUCUACCUGAUCCCGAUGCGCCGCAGUCAUCUUCUGCUACCCAGACACCCGGCCUGGUCAAUCAGUCUAUCUCUAGCAAGGAUCGGGCCCCUCGCUACGGCGCAGUUUCUCACGCGACUUCUCACGACGAUAGCCUCGCCAGCUCUUCCUCGUCCUCCGCCACCUUGGUCCCUUCGCAGAACCAGUCGAUCUCGGUCACGCCUGCUGACAGUCACUCGUCCGACAGUGAUAGCACCGACUACGAUCAGGACAACACCUCCCAUACUAUCAAUGAGUCCGAUGAAGCAGCCAUUCCGUCUUCCCAGGGUGCCAAUAAGCCGAUGAGCCAGCUCUUCACUCAGAAGGUCGGCGCCGUGGUGAACAAAGACAGCGAAGCCGGCAACGGUGGAGAGGCAUUCCCGUUCAUCCAGAGAAACCCGGAGGAAGUCACAAAGGCCGUCGCGAAGCAGAAGGAGAAGAGAGACGCUGAUCGCCGCGCUCAUGAAGCCGUCAACGCUGCUCAUGCCGCGGGCCGCAUUGUUCAUCUCGAGAAUACCAAGUCAAUCCGCGACCAGAUCUCGACUAAUGUGAAGAAGUCCGACAUCAAGCCCGGCUUUGGCAAGAAGGCUCAGCCUGUUCCUGCUUUCGACGAAAUGGCUUACAGUGCCGACUCCAUUGCCUGCCACACCUUGAAGCCGGCUCCCCUUCGGAUUCCGUCGCGCACGAAGCAGCCUUCCGUCGAGGGCUCCGAGAAGAAGGAAAGGGACACUCCUCGUACGCCGGCUCCUCAGCUCCCCGGCGAGCUCAAGGUGAACAAGGGCAAGCAUCGCGUGGAAAAUGUGCUUUCUGAGGCUCCUGGAAUUGAUGUUAGCGAGACUGGUAUUCAGAACAACCGCAACCAAAGUGCGUCUUCCGCCCGUCAGAAGACUGGCUCCAUCAACUUCAGCCGGCCCCAGAACAAGAAUACCCAGAACCAGAAGCAGUCUGACGCUCCUUCCAACAAGUCGUCUUCUCCCGCCGGUGGUAAGAAGAACAAAGCUUCUGCUCGCGACAAGCGCGGGAAGAAGUCGGCCUCUAGCGCUUCAGAGAAGGAGACUCAGCCCGGCGGCGGCGGUUAUCAGGGACCUUCCAGAGAUGAGCUCAAUAGCUUCUUUGGCACGAAGAACCAGCCUGGCCCGGUUGAUGCCUGGCUCAAGGAGGCUGCAUAUCGUCAGAAGCGCAAGGAGGUUGAGGUCGCUGUCGCGGCCGCCAAGGCUGCGCAAGCUGCGCAGGCUUCGCAGGCUUCUCAACCCGCUCAAGUAUCCCGGCCUACUGCUCAAACUUCUCAUGCCGCUCAGAACUCAGACCGCCAGAGCUUUACUGCUGGCGACUACCAGGACCUGAUCCAGGAUGACUACAAUGACCUGAUCCGAGAGUCCCCUGAGAAGAAGCAGGCUACUCACACGCAGGGAGGCUCCUCUCGCGUCGUCUCUCAGACCGUUGACUUCAACGGCCAGUACCCCCAGACUCAGCAGCUCGCCGGAGCUCGUCACCAUGGUGGUGGACCAGCGCUCCCGCCCACCCCAGCUUCUGCCUACCGGCCCCGCGUUGCCGCCGCCAAGACGACGGACGAGAUGAUGGGCGAACUUGACGAUUUCUUCGCCGAGGAGAACGAUCACCUAUACCAGAAGCCCGGCCGCGCCUCGACUUCCACCGCUGGCUCUUCUAAGCAGCAAGAGCCCUGGGACGAUCCUGCCUACAACGAGGAGGCUCUGCAGUACGGCUACGCCUACAUUCAGAACAACCACACCCCUCUGCCCGAAAACUUCGAGCCCGUCCCUCUGACCCGUGAGCAGCGCCGCCAGGUUCUGGCCGCCAACAGCAUCGCCGAGGCCGACUACCCCGCCCCUCCCGCCGGCUACCCUACUCCGGCUGGCCCUGCCGAUGGCGAGAACACGCCUCCCUGCCCGACCCGCCCCCCUCCUUCCGUCCCUGCUCCUGGCACCGGCACUGGCGGAGGUACUGGCCAAGGACGCCAGAGAGGCAGCGGUGAGCAGGUCCAGAGCCUCCGUCGCGCCCCUCGUCGCUUCCAGCGUGCCGCGACUGCCCCUACCUCCGCUCCCAAGAGCCCUGCUCCCGGCUACGACGACGACUGGUUCUAA